UAUAAAGAACAUUUGUAAUCGUCUGACUGACACUUCCUUAUUCUGUGUCUGUUAAUCAUUAACAUAAUCUGACCGCUGACGUGAAGGUGAGUUUUGACUUUUCCUUUCUACAGGAGAAACUGACCGCACAGGAUUCACAAAACGAGCAACUAUUACUUUCUUGUUUUUAAUCCCAUUUCCACACUCCGACUCCAAAGUUUGGCCCCGGUCACAGACAGACACUGCUUGUUUUCCUUUCGCUUCUAAAGGUAGAGAAAGUAAAGCAACAGGUAAAGGUGAGAGUAUAAAAGAACGGAAGGUGGGCUGGCAGGGGAUUUUCUACCUGAGCUGCGCAGUUGGAUUAUUUUUUUAAUGGGAUGUCACAAAUGAUGGAAAAAUCUACCGAAAACUCCGACGAGGACACAGUGUCCCUCAGGAGCAAUGGGCACACGCCGAGUGAAGGUGCUGAGAAGGAGUCGGUGGGCAUGUUUGGGACGCUCAGGAGGAGCAUUCGACGUGCAGCAGAGAAGAGCCCACUGUCGCCUGGAGGCACGUCACAAAAGAUGGAGAAAUCUAAAGAGGAAAACUCAGACGAGGACAGAGUGUCCCUCAGGAGCAACACGCCAAGUGAAGGUGCUGAGAAGGGGUCACUGGGUAGGCUUCAGACGUUCAGGAGGAGCAUUCGACGCGCAGCCGAGAAGAGCCCACUGUUGUCUGGAGGCAAGGGGGCAAAGGUCACGCCCAAAGCAGACACAGAUGAUAAUGAGUUGGAGAUUAAACCACCUCCAUCACCCAGUCUGAGCGGCAGCUCUCCUGUGACCUCUCCUUUAAAGAUGUUGGGAGGCUUGUUCCAGAAGAAGGAGGAAGAGGAGGGUGACGGCACUCCACAGAAAGGCACAGGUCUGAAGCGCUCAAAGACAGAACCCAACAUGACCAAGCGUGACUCUCUCUUGAAAAGAGGAUCGUCCAUACGCAGAAGCCUGAGGUUAGGCAUGGUGAAGGACAAAGAUAAAACCUGCAGACCGGAGCCGCUCGGCCCCGUCUCUGAAGGCUCAGUGGAGGAGAGGCAGGAGGAAGAGGAGGAAAUGAAGGAGGAAUUUGAGGAAAUGGAGGAGGAGUAUACACUACCAGAGUUACCUCACACACCCCUGUCAGUGAUGCAGAUCAGUAAGCUGAUAGAGACGGAGAAGGUGGAGGAGUUGGAGGAAGCUCACCUGAACCUCCUCGCUCUGUGGGAGGAGUUCAAGCAGGAGCAGGAAAUCUCCAGCCAGGACUCUCCAAUGGAGCUGGCCAAGAAGGAGAAAGACCUGUGCCUCCUCUACAGAGACCUGAGGAACAAGGUUUGCACCAUCGUCCGCGACUCUAACUCUCUUCCCUCCAGAAACAAAGAGCUUCUGGUUCCUGUGGCUCGCAUCAUCCAGGAGGAAGAGCGGAGAGCGAAGGAACCUGGUGGACUUCCGGACAGCUGGAUGGAGGCCUGGAGGGAGGCGGUGUGUGAGGGGGUGCAGGUGAAGGUGGAGAGCGUUCAGCUGGAGCAGAAGGAGCAGAAUGUCUCCUGGUUGGCGGUUCACCUGUGUCUGCUGGGGAAGGCCAUCGUGGAGGAUCUGGAGAAUGUGAGCAAGCAGCUGCGGUGGUCGUACCCGCCAAGCUUUCAAGUGUUCAGCACCUACGUGAAGAGUUACCACCGAGUCGUCGGGCAGCACCUGAAGAAGCUGGAGGUGCAGGUGACGGAGCUAAAAGAUCUGUACGCUCUGCUGGACUGGAUCAUCAACGGCUACAAGAGCGAGAGGAUCAUGGGAAGUCUUUCUCUGCAGCCGGACAUGAAAGAUGAGAGCUCUGAUCUGCAGCUGGAGGACGACUUCCUGAAGCAGCUGAAGGAGAAAUACUGCAGCAGAGUGAAGGAGGAGAUGAGAUCAUCACUGGACAGACUCAUCGAGCUCGAAAAUGAGGAAGUUUGGAGCCACAGUAAAAGUCCCGAAAUGGAGGAAAACUUCCUCACCUCUAAGAUUGACUUUGAUAUCUGGACGAAAGUGAAAGGAAACGCUAAGGGCUCUCAACACAUUGAUGCAGAUCUGGAAAAGAGAGUGAUCUCCUCCUGCCUGGAAGAGUUGAAACACUUUCCAAAGAGAUUCGAAACAGAGCUCAGACGUCACUGCAGUGCUCUCAAACCACAGCCUCUUUGGACCGAGUAUCAAAUUACCUACAUCAACAGCUUCACAGCUUUACAGGGGCACAUGGAGGGUUAUAAGGCCGCCUGUUCGGAUGAGGUGGAAGGGUUCAAAGUAGAAGUGAAGGGGUUGAUUGUCAGACUCACACAAGACAUGGAGGACCAUUUCAAAGAGGAUGUCAAGCCCUAUCUGAGGAGAAUGAUGACGAGGAAGUGGCUCACCAACGAGGAGGACUUCAAGGAGCUCUGUAACCGGACAACGCUGCUCUCUCAGCACUGCGCUCUCAUGAGGCCUCCACACACCAAGGAGUUAGCGAGCCGUUUGCACUACCACGUGGUGAGGGAAUACAUCGGCCAGCUGAUGAAGAGCAACUACUCAUGCAAGAACCGCAAACACGCCAGGGCGGGGGCGAAGAUUCAUGUGCAGUGGAACAAACUCAGAGAUCUGUUUGAGGACAUGGAUUCAUCUCACGAAUGGCUCCACCAUGUAGGAGAUGACCUGAGCGACAUCAUCAUCCAGAAAAACAAGACAGACAUAAAGACUUACCUGCAGCCUUUAGUGGACCACUACCCAGACUUCAGUAAGAAGCACCUGGUGGCCGUCCUGUAUUUCAGAGGCUUGGUGAGAGGCCGUGAACACCAGCUCAUCCUCCAGAAACUCUCAGAACUGAAGAAGAAACGAGGCAACGCGGUCUGCGAUAGGAGCCAGGUUUUAUUCAGCGACAUGCAGGUUCCUGUCCACACAGACUGUCUGUCCAACCUGCUCUUCUCCUGCUUCAGCUUCCUGCUGCCCGACAACUAAGAAGAGACGAGGAAGAAUGACAGCUCAACAGUUCAGUUUUUUUCUGAGGUGAUUUGACACAUUUUGACAAAAGUGAUAUACCUUUUUUCUCAGACAGUCACCUUCACUCAAACAUCUACACUUUUUUUACGCAAGCUGCAAAAAUGAGCUGAUCUAUUCUUCGGCCUUUUAAGAGGAAAUCCAAGGCUUGCUAUUUUUUAGAACUGGUGAAUCACCAAACAGCAGAAACAUCAAACAUUUACAAGGCACAGCUAGUUCGGUGAGGAUCUGCUGCUUCUUAUGCUCCUAAAUAAAGACCCUGUAGGUUGUAGACUCUUGUUUGGACUAAAGAAGCAUUUCUCUCAGGUUAUAGAUUUUCUUUUAUUCAAUAGGACAGCUGAGGAGAGACAGGAAGUGUUUAGGAGCAGACAGUGGUGGCUGAGAGUCAAACUAGUGGCUGCUGCAUGGAGGACUGUAGCCUAAUUCCCGCGAGCACUUUGUGUGUCCUGCCACUGUAACUCGGAUGGGAACACAGUGUGGGCUGUGCACUGUAACAGCAGCAUAGGUAGUUGGAUUCUAGAUCUUGUACAGCUGCUGAUGAAGGAACCUUAAUCAGGGGAGCUUAACUUUAUCAAGAUUUUAAGUUUGUUGUGAUGAACAGCGGUAGAAGUUAACGUUAUACUGUUUGCUAGGGAGCUUAUUUAAGUCACAGCUGCAUUUAAUCAUCACAGACUGGAUAGGACAGCUAAGGAGAGACAGGAAAUGUGGGGAGCAGAGUGGUAGACUACAGCCUCCACACAUGGGAUGCAUGCUUAAACCUCCAAGCUAACAGUUCCCCUUUUUCAGGAUAUUUAUUGGGCACAUGUUGUUUUUCCGUUCAUGCAGCAGAUCUGCUCUUACUGAUUUAUGCUAGUUAGAUAUAGAGGAAGCCGGCCUUUGCGUCUGGAGAGCUGUGAUAAGCAGUGUAAGACAUUUAUAGACUUUUGGAUUGAUGGCACAUGUAGUGAGCAGAUUAUUUGAUAAGAGUGAGGGGUCAUGUAAAGUUAGCCGGUGGUUAUGCUAAAGAGAAUCCUGACAGGGUGAGACGAGACCACAACGUGAAGCAUCAGCUGGAGGUUGUCGCUGCACGCACGGAACACUGCCACGCUGGUCAGUGUCACUCCUUGAUCGUAAACCAAUCAGAAUCAAGAAGGGGCAGGACUUCUGAUUUUAACAUUGUCAACAACAAUGGUGGAGGUCUGUACUAAACAUAUUGUAACCAAACCCAUUUUUAAGGUACAAUUUAUCAGGUGUAAAGCUGCUGCUAAAUCUAUGGUACUGUUUCGACAAUUGUGUUGACAGUUUCUUUUUAAAGUGCCUUUGAAUUAACACAAAUAUGAAGCAUACAGAGCAUUUUAAAGGAGGUUGAGGUGGUGGGCACUGGCCCAAAAUCAUUCCCAUAUUGUGGACAUAUUCAAGUCUUGAUGUAAGCAGCCUGUUUAUGAAGUAGUUGGUGCAAGACUUAACUUUUACUGUGAUCUAUGAAACUAGCUAAACCAGGAAGUGGAGCUCUUGAGGAAUCUUUUUUAGGUAUAAAAUCUAAAGAAACACACCGGGAGUCUCCUCGAAUGAAGUUAAAGAAUGACUCCAUGAAGGCAUUGACUGCUUUUAUACAAAUUAAUUUAAAGAUGCAUUAACUUAUCCUCAUGCAUCUGCAAGCAUAAACAUAUUCACUAACAUCCAAUCAUCCUCACUCACAAGGCUUUUUAAGGCUGACUCAUGCAGUGUUGCAUGUAUUCCAGCUCAGCGGGGAUCGAUUCCUGGGAAAUAAAACAUUUCUCAAACUAAUCUGGCUUAAGUUACAGACGUGGGGGGUUACAGAGAUUGUGAAACUUUCUGUGUCGAAGCUGUCAGCUGAAUAAAAAUCAAGUUUUAGAGCCAAAUGUUAGCUGUGAGGAGGUUUUUCUCAAUAAAAUUAAAGUUUUUACUGGACCCCAGAUUGAGUUAAGAGCGUCAGACCAGUUGUGAAAAACUGAAUGUGGUCUCCUGUGAGGAGCUGGACGUAGAAGAUGAAGAACUGAUCAUGUGUGAGCUCUCCAAGUUGCCCUGACAGUGAAUUAUCAGUGUGCCUUUUGUCCUUCUCUUAUAUCUCUAGUUUCAUGUGACUGUCUGAUCAGAGAUGCAGUAAACUCUGACAACCAUAGCUUAAUGUGAUUUUCUUUGCACAUUUGUUGUCUCAAUGUUAGCUUUCGUGUUCUUGUAAAUAUGUUUGUGCACGUUAUGAACCUGGAGCAGUGAAGAGUUUGGUACCUCAGGGUGGUUCAGGGGUUUUCUGUCAUUUGAUGUUUUUAUUAAGUACUAAAGAACUCAUGAAUACUGACAGCAGUGUGAAUCUGAGUGUGAGAAGUUAGACUCCAAAUGUUUUACUGGGGCUGAAAGAGGUCGUACAGGAAUACUAAUGUGUAAAUCUAUUUAACCUUUUUUAAUAAAACAUCUGAAACUGA